CAUCAAGAAAUUCUGAUUCUGCAGUAUAUAGUUGAAGAACUUGAAUGGUUUCUUACUUGCCUGACUUUCUAGCUGGAGCGAUACACCACAAGACGCAUGAUCCGAGAAGUCAGGUUCACCAAAAUAGGCAAAUGAGGUUGGGAAGCAGUCCAGCCAGGCAGAGUUGACGAGGACGCGAUCAAGUUUCUUGGCCACAGGGUUGGUCUUAGACUUAUUCUACCAAGUAAAAGUGCUACCUCUAAAUGUGAGGUCAGCUAGCUCAGAAUCAAGCAAGCAGUCCCUAAACUGACGUGUGCGCAGAUCGACUCUGGAGUCUAGAUAAUUGGGAAGAUAAUAUUUGGAGUCUUUUUUGGACGCAUAUCAUUGUGAUCAAAUCUUACAAUUUUAAUAUGUCAUAAAUAUACAGCAAAACAAUCCAGAAAUGUUAUCAAAAAGCGUGUUAUUUCAUUAGAACAGCUUAAGAGAGUUAACCAAAUUAACAAAAAGAAAAAAAAAACAGAACAUAAUCUGCGUUUCUGUUAGUCUCACAAGUCACAACGUAAAAACAACUUUCCCUCAAAAAACAAAAAAAAAUAAAAUAAAAUAAUCCUGAAACAGAGCUUCUCUUUUCGUUUGUUGAAAUUUUGUUUGUGGUUGCCGCGAUUGUUAGGCCCUGUAAAAAAAAAGCGUUCAUACGUUGGUCGGAGCCUUUUUGCAUGGCGGUUUGCUUUGGAGGGAGUACGGCAAAGAUAUCAAGGUCUGCAAAUUUAGACGUCGUUGCGAUAUUGGGUGCUUUCCGUGAGAUGAGAAACGGAGGUUAAUGGGGAGAUUGAGAACAGCUUUUCUUGCCGUCUCUCUCGUUUUUCUUGUUUGCGUUUCCGAGGAGAUUAUCUCUCGACGCGGCGCCAACCGCGGCGAGGCUCACGGUGGCGAUGAUGUGGCAGAACAAACAUGGAUACAUUGUAGAAAAGAAUUGAAAGAUAAGAACAGAGAUUGCCUUAUCUAUAUCCCUCCUCGUGUAGCAGCAGCUAAUGAUACGUACCAGAAACUAUCCGUCUUAACCGGUUGGUUCAGCAACUGGUUUGGACCUCUCCUUGAUUCUACUACAAGCUAUCCAACAAGAAAGCUGAUCGGUAAGCAAAAGAGAAAGAAAAAGAAAAAGAGAAAGAAGUUUAGAGUAUCUGCUCCAAACUUUGCACUUGGUCCUGCACCAGGUUUUGCUCCAGGUCCUUCUCCCCGUUUCGCUCCAGGUCCUGCUCCAACAACUCCUCAGAGUUAUGACCUUGUUGCACCUUCAAGCUCUCCUUCAUAUUCGCCAGCUGAGGCGCCGGAUGAAUCAAGCUUUGGUGGUCCGACUAAGAAGAGAGCAAAGAGUAUUGUUGCUCCUAGUCAAAGUGUUCCAGGUCCUCCUCCUCCUCCACCACCGGAGAGGAAGAAUGAUAUCUUGAUGGAUCUUAUCAUCGCUGUUGCUUCAACCGCUGUGUUAACGUUUUUUCUAGUUGCAUUGCUCUUCUUAUGUUGCUUCAGACGCAACAACCGCAAAAAUGCGGUUGGUCCUAGAAAUGGACCAAGAGAUGAAGGACCACUUCUACAUUUAUCUGAUUUAUCAGCUGGAUCUAAUGAGAACUCUCCAAAGGUUGCAGCCACGAGUAGGAGAUUCUUCACUGCUACUUCUAAGAAGAGAUCGUUUCUGUCUAGAGUAUCUCUAAAGAGAAACCAUCAUGACUUCCCACCAGCUGAAGCGUCGUCAUCCUCUGGACUUCCUCUUCCUCCUGGAAGAUCAUCAGGAGCUCCUCCUCUUCCUCCUGUGGCUCCACCACCUCCACAGGCUCCACCACCACCUCCUCCUAAAUCUAAACCUCCUCCUCCUGCUCCUCCAAAACUUGUGCGUCCUCCACCUGCACCACCAAAACGUCAAGGACGUAGCUCCUCUGGAGAUGGUUCUGACGUUGAUUCGGAGACCGGAGCUCCGAAAACGAAACUAAAACCGUUUUUCUGGGAUAAAAUGGCUAACCCUGAUCAGAAAAUGGUUUGGCAUGAGAUCAGCGCCGGUUCAUUCCAGUUAAGAACUGAAUUAAAACUUUUAAUACCUUUGUUUCCAGAUCUUUGCCUAACUCACAUUCUGCUUUGUAGGUUCAACGAACAGGAGAUGGAGUCUCUUUUCGGUUACAAUGAUGUGAACAAAAACAAGAAUGGUCAAAGAGGAGAAUCAUCUAGAGACUCUCCUGUUCAAUAUAUACAAAUCAUUGAUCCAAGGAAAGCACAAAACUUAUCUAUUCUUCUCCGAGCUUUGAAUGUAACAAUAGAAGAAGUCGUUGAUGCCAUCAAAGAAGGUAACGAGCUCCCAGUGGAGCUUCUCCAAACAUUGUUGAAGAUGGCUCCAACUUCAGAGGAAGAACUCAAACUUAGACUAUACUCGGGAGAUCUUCAUCUACUUGGCCCUGCGGAGCGAUUCUUGAAAAUUCUUGUUGAUAUACCUUUUGCGUUUAAACGUAUAGAGUCGCUUAUAUUCAUGAUAUCGCUUCAAGAAGAAGUCUCUGGCAUCAAAGAAUCACUCGCAACUCUCGAAGUGGCUUGCAAGAAACUUAAAAACAGUAGACUGUUCAUAAAACUACUAGAAGCAGUUCUCAAGACAGGAAACAGAAUGAAUGUCGGAACUUUCCGCGGUGACGCGCAAGCUUUCAAACUCGACACGCUCUUGAAACUCUCUGACGUCAAAGGAACUGAUGGCAAAACUACACUAUUACACUUUGUUGUCCUUGAGAUCAUUCGUUCUGAAGGCGUUCGUGCUCUUCGCCUCCAGAGAUCAAGCAAAAGCUUCUCCAGCGUUAAAACAGACGAUACCAACACAGACACAAGUCCACAGUCUGUUGAACGUUACCGAAGCACUGGACUUCAAGUUGUUUCGGGACUAACCACAGAGCUUGAAGAUGUCAAGAGAGCAGCAAUAAUAGACGCUGAUGGAUUAGCUUCAACACUGAUGAACCUAAGUGGCUCGUUGACCAAUGCGAGGGAGUUUCUGAAGACGAUGGACGAAGAGAGCGAUUUCGAGAAAGCUUUAACUGGGUUCAUAGAACGUGCAGAUGGUGAUAUCAAGUGGUUGAAGGAAGAAGAAGAGAGGAUCAUGGUGUUGGUGAAAAGCUCUGCUGAUUACUUCCAUGGCAAAUCUGCCAAGAACGAAGGGUUGCGUUUGUUUGCUAUAGUGCGUGACUUCUUGAUAAUGUUGGAGAAAGUUUGCAGAGAAGUUAAAGAAACAACGAUGAUGACAUCCAGCAAAAAUCAUUCGAGUAAGAAGGAAACAGAGAUGAUUCCGGAAAGUAAUCAACCGGAUAACAUUCGACGGCAUUUGUUUCCGGCCAUUGCUGAACGGAGAGCUGACAGUUCGGAUGAUUCAGACAGUGACUAGGAUGGAAUAAGCAAAGCAGUUCGUUAUGUUAGUUUUUGUAUUAUGUUGUAUCAUUUCAGUUUCAAGUAAAACACAAACAAAAAAAAGUAACUUACAAUUUGUAUUUAUGUAUAAUUCUGUUUUUGUUUGUGCCCAGCUUUAUAAAAAUAGAUAGAUAGAUGGUAGGAACAAGAACACGAGAGCUUUUAUUACUAAAAGAAGAGAUACAACCUAGUCAAAUGAUUCUCCUCUAUGAAAAUUAUGUGAGCCUAAUCUAACAAGAAUAACAAUGGUAUCCUAACCCAAAGUUAUUGUUAAAUUCUAAAAAUCACAUAUAUGGUAAAAAAGCUAUACAUUAGAAUGAGGGGAAAGCUUGAGAGACUCCUUGCAGUGAAUGAGUAAGAGACUAUUUAUAGUAACUGUGUUGCCUCCCCCUCGCUUUCCUAGAAAAGAGAAAGCUUCUGAAUAAUAGAGGUUUCCUUUCCUUUUUUACCUAACUAUCCCAUGUCGCU